GGAGAUGAUGAGGCCUGGAUAGCUGCACGUCAGCAAGGGCCUACGUUUUUGCUAGCUGCUAUACUCUCUAGCGGAGCUGGACUUGUGCAAGCGUAUGGUGCGAUGAAAUUUCCAGAACUUACCGUUUACCAACCAUUAGUAGCCGCAACUUCUGGAAAUCGUGCCAGUGUGCAAUCAGCGAGGAUUUCGUCGUACUUGAACACAUAUACAGGACCCAAUCGACUACAAAUGCGCUUGAAUCCCUGGACUUACUACACCAGCAAUGAUCAUGAGAGUAGAGCUGCGUUUUUAAUACUGAUGACUUCCGUGCCGUAUCAAAUCGUGUUUGUUUUUGCAUCUCACGCCAUCGCCUAUGUUGCCUUAACUCCACUCAGAUUGAACAUUUUGUUUCUACUCGGAUACCUUGUAAGCAAAGUCAGCUGUCAAUAUCCUACCAAGCGAGAAGCUCACAUUCUUAUACGGAUGGGUCAGGAGAGUUUCGUGUUGGUGUACUUGGCACAAAUUGCGGUAUACUCGCUGUUUCGCUUUGGCAUAGACCCAGAUCUACACGCACACACA